AUGGCCGUCACCACAUUGCAAGCCAUUAUUUGUCUUGCCUUCGAAUCCUACGUGUUUGCCAAGUUCCAAACUAGUUUAGGCCCGCCUGUCAACGUCGACAAGGUUCAGUCGCAGUACAAGACUAUCCCGACCUUCUUGACCCUCUUCAUCUUUGGCUUCUUGUACGAACUCGUCAUUGUUUGGGAUGCCCUCCGUAAGAAAAACACAAUCCAGGUCAUUGGUGUCUGCAUCGCCAACUUGGCCCUUCUGGUCUACACUGCUCUUCAAGUAGAGCAGAUUCAGAUGGCCAUUACAGUUUUGGAUGAGCACGCAGCUCUUGAGGUCGGCGUUACCUCAACGCUGCUCUUCUCUCAAGUCAAAGCAUUUCUCAUUGCAAUUCCUUCCGUAAUUGGCCUUGCAUCUAUCUGCAUGGGUUUCAUUUGUUGGAAGCUGUAUCAAGAAUUUGCAUGGGAUAUUUUGAAGAACAUCGGUGCUGAUUAUCGCAUGAAGAAGCGUUUUCUUCAUUAUCAGUUAACAGCGAUUCCCCAGAUUUACAUUGCGCUUCUUAAGUUCGAUUUCUUCUUCUUCCUGGGUUUCAUUAUUCAGUUCGUCGUCGUUGUCGCUCAAAAAUCUGAUCCGGAGUUCGCCUUGACGAUUGCCACCAUUCCAAUUACCAUUGUCAUUCUCCUUGCCGCGGCAUACUUUACCCGCCGAGAGAACAAGCCCGGCAUGGUUUGUGUCAUGAUUUUGUUUCUGGGUGGUUCAUCCUACUUCGUCUUCAAGCUUGUUCGCAUCUACCAACCCAGUCACAAAGAUUCCUACUUUGCCGUCCGCAAAUCGCUUACAGCAUUUGCCGUCAUCACCAUAUUAUUGAUCAUCCUCACUAUUACGAACGCCAUCAUUUGCAUGAGCAAUUUCAACAAGGGACUCAAGGCUCACCUGUUGGCUCCGCGAAGGGUUGAAGAAAAGCCAGAUGCCACCUCAAUCAGCCUCCACGAUGUCAAGCCACAGGUACCAAGCCGCAUGACCAUUGACUAG